ACACUCCCCAAAUAUCAAACUCCAAUCCCCCAACAUUGCAACACCCUCUCUCUCUCUAGAACACCUCUCCCUCCUUCCCUUCCUCCCUCUCUCUCUCUCUCUCUCUCUCUCUCUCUCUCUCUCUCCCCGUAGUUCUUAGCUUCCAAGAAAAAUGGAAAGAGGAGAGAAGGGACACAGAAAAGGGUUGUGGACAGAGGAGGAAGACAGAGUUCUCAUGGACUACAUAAGGCUGCACGGCAAAGGACGGUGGAAUCGAGUUGCUAAAGUCACAGGAUUGAAGAGGUGUGGAAAGAGUUGCAGAUUAAGGUGGAUCAAUUACCUGAGUCCGAGCAUUAAACAUGGCAAUUUUUCAGAGGAAGAAGACGAUCUCAUUAUUCGGCUGCAUAAUCUACUGGGAAACAGGUGGUCUUUAAUAGCUGGGCGAGUGCCGGGACGAACGGACAACCAAGUGAAAAACCACUGGAACACUCAUUUGAGCAAGAAGCUCGGAAUAAAAAGGAAACAGAGAGCCACACUCAAAGCUCCAUCAGAACCACUCCCACCAAAAGGAAAAGGAGUGGAGAACGUUAGUGCCCCCGCCGACACAUGUUUUGAGCUACCAUCUAACAACAAUGUUAGAACCGGUGACCAAAAGUACAUCGACGAUGGCGCCCAGGGUGAAGUCGGGUACUUUGGAUUAGAAGAGCCCAUCACAGCGAAUGAGGGUUACGAAAACCCUUUCUGGUUUACUAAUGAUGAGAGUAAUCUAAGUGCUCCUACUUUAACUCAACUCUUGGAUCAACAUUCUCUGGACAAUUUGUUUUGGCAUGGCUUGUAAUCCAAAUUCUUUGCCAUCAUUUUACUUCUCUGCAAUAUAAUCUUCAUUUCGUUGCC